AUGUCCGAUCAAAUUGAUCCCUCAUUUAUAAUGGCUCUAAUAGAUACCCCAUCAAAUAUUCCAGAUGCCACGACCAAUAAUUUAAAUUCAAACUUAGAAGAGAAUUCGUCAUCAACAAACAACAAUACAGAAGGUACAUCAUCAACAAAUUCAUCAAAAGAGGAAUUGGCAAACAUUGAUUCGAAUUCCAGUUCAGCAAAUGAUGGUAUUACCAAAAACCCACGUACAAAAUCCUUAUCAACAAUCCAAAUUGCUAGAGAAUAUACUUUAGAUAUCCCUCAUAUUCCGAGUAUUGAAUUCCCUUUAAACAUUAAAAAUAAUAAAAAAAGUAUAAGAACUGCAAUUAAUAUGUGUGGUGGAAUUGAAAAAAUAAACUCUGUUUUAAAUUCUCAUCAUCAUUCAAAUAAUAAUAAAUCUAGUAAUAUCAAUGAUUCCAACUUAAAUUCCAAUUCACAUAAUAAUAACUCAAAUACAAACACAAAUGAAUUAGAAUUGCAUUUAAAUAAUAAAUUUAAAUUUUUUAAUGAGCAUCCAAUCGUUGGUAAAAAUGUUCCAUUUAAAGAUGAUUCAAUUUUAAUAAAAUUAUCUGUACCAAAAGGUUCCAUGGCAAAAUAUAAUCAUAAUAUUCCCGAAAUGUUAUCUAAUUUAAGUGAAAAUGAAUAUAAAAUUUUACCAGUUGGUAUUGUUGAUAGAUCUAUAAAAUUCAGAGAAAUGUCAGAUUUCCAAUAUAAUCUUUCAAAUUGUCCAACAUCAAAUGAAUUUUUAAAUAGUUUUGGUAAUUUAAAUUGGCAAAAUUUUAAAACUUUAAUUAAUUCUGUACCAAAUAAUGAUAAAUACCCAUUUGAAAAUAUUUCGAAUUUACCAAUUGAUAACAGUAAUAAAGGUGAUAUAAAUUUACCAAGUUUUGACUAUCAAUUAGCUCCUCCACCUAAAUUUUCCAUGGUAAAUUUCCCAUUAUUAUAUAAUUAUAAAGGAAACCCGCUAGCUACCAAGAAAUCAAAUGGUAUUACAGAGGUUAAAGGUACAUAUAUUAAAAAUUAUCAAUUAUUUGUUCAUGCUUUAAAUAUGGAAACUCCUGUACCUUUUGAACCAAGUGAAUAUUUAUUACAAGAUUUUAAUAAAGCUGAAUUAACUGGUGUUUAUCCAGGUACAAAGAAAGAAUCUAAUUUUUAUCAAAAUUUAAAGGAAUGUUUAAAGGUUUUAGAUGAAUUAUUUGAAAAAAGACCAAUUUGGGUUAAACGACAUAUUGAUGGUAUUGUGCCAAAGGAAAUUCAUCAUACUUUAAAGAUUGCGCUUGCAUUGGUAUCAUAUCGAUUUACCCUAGGGCCAUGGAGAAAUACAUAUAUUAAAUUCGGCAUUGACCCAAGAACCUCAUCAAAAUAUGCUCAAUAUCAAACUGAAUAUUUUAAAAUUGAAAGAAAACUAUUAAAUAUGAAAACAAUUAAAAAAAAUUUGCCAACCCCACCACCUUUAAUUUUUGAGUCAAAUCAAAAAGGUUAUAUAGAUGAUAGGUUUAAAUUUAACGGUAAACAAAUCCCAUGGUACCUAAUGUUACAAAUUGAUCUUUUAUUAGAUGAGGAAAACAUUAACGAAAUUUAUUCAAAUAUUCAAUUCUUGGAUUCCUUUAAUGAAAUCACAGGGUGGUUUAAUGAAUUAGAUUUGACAAAAAUUAGAAGAAUAGUUAAAUAUGAGUUAGGUUGUUUAGUUCAAGGAAACCAUAAUUUCAAUCAAUAUAAAUUAAAAUACUUCAAAACAAUGUUAUAUCCAAAGGAAUCUAUGAUCAAGGAAGCUAAAGAAAGAGAAGAAAAACAAAAACAAGAAAGCGAAAGUAUACAGAGAAAUGAAUCUGAAAUGUUUGAUGGUGAAUUAAAUAAAAGUAAUUCUCUAGAUAAAGAUGGGGAUUAUCCAAUGAAUGAUACAGAUGAAGAUAUGGUUAAUACACUUAAAACUAUAGAAGAAUCGAGGGAAACUGAUUCAACUAAUUCGGCUGACAAAAAUGCUACUGAUACGGUUGGUACUGAGACUACGUCAAGUACAAACUCUAAAGAUUAUGUUGAUGCAGAAGAUUAUGAUGAAGAUAACGGUGUAGCUACCGGUGAGCCUGAUGAAGAGGUACUUCAAGAUGAGGAAGAUGAGAACGAUGAUCAAAUCAAAAUUGAUAUUAUUAAUGCUCAACAUGAUGAUGAGGAUGAAGAUGAUACCAACGAUGAAGAAGACUUUGAUGUAAACAAUGCUAAUUUUCAAGAUAUAAUUGACAGAAUUUCCAAGUUGGACCCACAAGUUGCCAUGCGCUUACAUAACAACUUAAACGGCCUAAUCAAUGGACAGAAUUUAGUUGAUAGUUAA